UUGAGGGACAGAACUCGAUGGCAGCAGUACUUUUCGUCAAGAAUUGCCUAAAAACAGUCACAUGUGGCCUGCAGCAGCGAAGCAUCCAAGUUCCUCGAACUAAAACUCUUUACACUAGUUGUCCCAACUUAGCACCAACUGGACUAUGGAUGAGGCUUUUAAGUGUCAUCAACCAGGUGUAUCCUCAUCGUAUUGAAGAAGUAGGACCUGACCGAGCCUGUGCAGAGUGGUUAGUGAAAAAUGGUGGUGCUGUCCGAUGGGUGGGAAACCCACACCAAACAGAAACUGACUACAACUUGCUUCCACAGAAUGUGACACUGAAAAUUGAGGAGAUCAUUUGUGAUGAAGCGGUUGUGCUUUCCAAUGGCUUUGGAUACUUAGGUGGACUCAAGCAUGUAAAGCGGUUUACUCUACAUAAUUGUAAAUUUGCGUCGGAUAGGAUGGUCUCCUCAUUGUUUUAUUUAAGAGACUCCCUGGAACACCUCCAGAUCAGCAGCUGUAGGCAUGUCACACAGGACGGCUUAAACAGUCUGGAAGAUCUCAGGAAGUUACAAUACCUCUUACUGUUUGAUUUGGAAAGUAUCCGUGACAAAGCUAAAUGUAUUGAACAACUGAAAGAGAGGCUGCCACCUGACUGUCUCAUUGAAUUCCCAGAUACUCCAGUGCCUGGAACCAACAGAAAGUUAAAAUCUGGCUCAUGACAAUGUUUGUGUAUAGUGUGACAUUUAGUGGCUUAUAACAUUCAGUCAGUGUAUCAGAUCCACAAACUGCACCAACAGAGAGCUAAAAUCUGGAUCCUGAGAGUGGUUAUAAUAUUUUGAAUAAACAAGUAUUUUCUUGAUAUAACUGACAAUUAUUGCAAUCAAGACGAUCCCUGUAGCUUUUUAGUGUAAGUAUUGACUGUAGCUUAUAAUGUUUUAAUUGGAAAAGAGUUGACAUUUUACAGAAUUUGAAAUAAACUGAUGUUUAAUCUA